GCAAAUUUGAAAACACGAUGGGCAGAGUCCACGAGAUCAUUGUCGAGAACUUCAAGUCGUACCAGGGCAAGGUGAAAAUCGGACCUUUCAGGAAGUUCACUUGCAUCAUCGGGCCCAACGGCGCUGGCAAGUCGAAUCUCAUGGAUGCCAUCAGUUUUGUACUUGGCGUGCAGGCGCGGCAGCUCCGGGGAGAACGUGCACGUGACUUGGUCUACCGCACAGAGAAAGAGGAUCCAAAAAAGAAUCAGCGUACCGCAUAUGUGGAGCUUACCUACGUGGAUGACCAAGCUGACGGCGAGCAGGUACUCGUGUUCCGUCGCACCAUUUCUCGCACUGGCGAAGCAAAGUUCCAGGUCAACAAUGCUACGGUCUCUCAAGCAGAGUACCAAAAGCGAUUGGAAGGAAUCAACAUUCUGUCCAAGGUGAGGAACUUCUUGGUGUUCCAAGGAGACGUGGAAGCGACUGCACAACGCCAGGGCAAGGAGCUGACAGCUUUCUUCGAGCAAAUAUCUGGAUCAGAGGCAUUCCGUCAGGAAUAUGAAAGCCUAUCUGCGGACAAGACGAAGCUUGAAGAACAAGCCAGAUACUUGUUUGCAAAGAAGCGCAACGCCAUGAACGAGCGCAAGCGAAUUUCACAUCAAAAGGAAGAGGCUGAUGAGUACAGGCAUCUCAAGACGGUCAGACAGGACAUGCAGCGGGAGUACACACUGUUUCGAUUGCAUGGCGUUUUCUCUCUGCUAGAGGGUGCCUCCAACGCUCGCUCUGUGGCUGUGAAGGAUUGCGAGGAAGUUCGUGAGCACAUGGAAGCCGAGAAAGGACAGGUGGAGGCAGCGGAUCGCCAAAGAGCCAAAGCACAUCUUGCGACACAGCAGGUUGAAAAGCAGAUGGCUGCAGUGAAGGCAAAGGUUGAGCGCCUCCAUCCUGAGCGCGUCACCAUCAAGAGCAGACUUUCCUUUCUGGAGCAGAGGCUGGAGGAACUCUCUCAUUCUGCAGAACAAGACGGACAGAGGCGCAACAAGCUCCAAGAACAGCUCGCAGCUAUCAGGGGAGAAGAAGCACGGCUGGAGUCUCAGCAAGAGACCUUGAAGAAAGGCUUGGCAGAUCGCGCCGUCACUUUCACACCCGACCAGCUUCAGGAGUUUGAACGCGUCAAGCAAGAAACCGAGAAGAUCACCGCGGCAAGUGGAGAUGCUUUGCGCCAGCUGGACCAUCAGAUCAAGGUUGUCCGUCAAGAACGAAUUCAAGCUGAAGGUGAUGUGCGAGAUGCCACUGCACGCCAGAGUCACCUCCGAAAGCGUUUGCAAGAGCUCAGUGAGGCAGAGAGUGGCGCCGGUGCCGCAGUGAAGCGUGGUGCAGCAUUGAAGGACGAGCGUUCGGAACAACUCGUCCAGAUGCGUAGUUCGGUACAGAGCCGUGGAGAGGAAAAGCAACAACUGCAGCAAGAACGACAACAGCUUCUCGAUGUGCUCCAAGAGUUCACAGCCACAGAACAGCAAUUGGAACGAGAACGUGAAGUUGCACAGACUUGCGCAAGCUUGGCAGAGGCUUGCCCUGGUGUCUACGGCCGA